AUGACCUCCACCACCGAAUUCCCCCCGCUCCAGAACGAUCUCCUCCUCCGUGCCGCCCGAGGCGAAAAGACCGAACGGGCACCUGUCUGGGUAAUGAGGCAGGCAGGCCGUUAUCUUCCUGAAUUUCGGGAGGUGCGCAAAUCGCACGAGUUCUUCGAAGUCUGCCGGACUCCAGACCUCGCCAUGGAGGUGACCCUGCAGCCUAUUCGUCGCUACAAGGGCCUCUUGGACGCCUCAAUCAUCUUCAGCGACAUCCUCGUCGUCCCACAAGCGAUGGGCAUGGAGGUCCUCAUGAACCCGGGUCCAUCCUUCCCCGAACCCCUUGACGUACCAGCGGACGUGGAGAAACUCAGAAAAGAGGUUGAUGUCAACAAAGAGCUGGGAUACGUUUUCGAAGCGAUCACUCAAACUCGCAAGGGGCUCGAAGGUGUCGUGCCCUUGAUCGGGUUCUGCGGGGCUCCUUGGACGCUCUUUUCGUACAUGAUUGAAGGUGGAGGAAGCAAGACCUUGCAAAAGGCCAAAACAUGGCUCUUCAAGUACCCCGAGGAGUCCAAGGCUCUGCUCCAUCGCAUCGCAGUCGUGUGUGUUGAUUUCCUGGUUGGACAGGUUAAAGCGGGUGCUCAGCUUCUCCAAGUGUUCGACUCAUGGGCAGGCGAGCUGUCUCCGCACGAUUUCGACCGCUUCUCCUUCCCUACUCUCCAAUAUAUCGCCAAAACCGUUCGACAACGCCUGGCGGAAGCAGGCUUACCGGAUGUCCCUCUCACUCUCUUCGCGAAGGGUGCCAAUUACGCGUUGAAGAAGCUCGCUGAUGAAUCCGGCUACGAUGUUCUAGGACUCGACUGGUGCAUCGAUCCCGCCGAAGCUCGUCGCAUAGUAGGGGACAAGGUCGCCCUUCAAGGCAACAUGGACCCUAACGUGCUCUAUGGCGGUAGAGAAGCCAUUGAGCAAACGGUCAAGCGCAUGUCUGCCGCCUUCUCAGGGAAGGGUGGAUGGAUAGCAAACCUUGGACAUGGUAUUACUCCUGGAGUCGAUCCUGAAGACAUGCGAUGGUUCUUGGAAUGUGUCCACAAAUACUCAAGCAGCGGUUAG